GACUUGCAACGACCGGAACUGCCGAUUUGGGACAUGGGGAGUUCGAGCAAUUAGGCAGGAUAGCGCGGACAAUUCACACCAGAUCUUCAAGAGCUCGCGCACCGCUACAAAUUCAACUUGGAGUCAAGUUCCUCCUUGCUUCGCCGAAAACCACUAGAGUUGCUUGCUGUACUAGGCAGCCAUCCCGCGAUAUUGUCCAUUGUCGGCGACUUGCCCUAGGUCACAAAGAUGAAUAUCUUUCGACUCGUUGCGGAUUUGAUGCAUUUGGCUUCAAUCGUGAUCCUACUGCUAAAGAUUACAAAGACGCGGUCUGCGGCAGGAAUCUCCUUCAAAACACAAGCACUGUAUGCUGGCGUCUUUUGCGCCCGAUACUUGGAUCUCGUCACGCACUAUGUGUCAUUAUACAACACUCUGAUGAAGAUAUUCUUCAUUGGCACAUCGUUCUACAUCCUUUAUCUGAUGAAAGUGCGGUUCCGAGCAACAUGGGACCCAAAUCUCGACACGUUGCGCGUCGAGUAUCUUGUCGCUCCUUGUGCACUUUUGGCGUUGAUCUUCAACUACGCAAAAGGUUUCGAUCCAAUUGAGAUACGAAUUAUGCAGAUCUUCUGGGCCUUUUCAAUAUACUUGGAAUCGGUGGCUAUCCUACCACAGCUUUUCCAGCUCACCCGAACGGGAGAAGCUGAGACCAUUACAACGCAUUACCUGUUUGCCUUGGGUGCCUACCGUGGAUUGUACAUCUUCAAUUGGAUUUACCGGUAUUUUACCGAAAAGGGCCAUGUAGAAUGGAUCCCAGUUUUGGCGGGCCUCGUUCAGACGGGGCUGUACUGCGAUUUCUUCUACGUAUACCUCACGAGAGUCCUGAAGGGCAAAAAGUUCCAACUUCCAGCGUAGAAUCCCUAAUAAUAUCUCGACCAUGUAUAAUAUGAUCGCGAGAUUAAAAAUAAUAUAUAUUCCUGGCUGAUACGGAAGUGUACGGUCACCCUUGAACAAUAGAAUCCUCUGUUUGUUAUCCGAGA